AAUAUAGGGUUUGGGUUAUCAAUGAAUUGAUUGAUUUUAAAUGACAUACAAUUAAGGGAACAAUUAUUUAGAGUUUAGUAUUGAAAUAAUGUUUGUGUGAAGUGUUAGGUGUUGUAUGUGUUGAGUGUUUGCCGGCAAUCAUAGUAUUGAUUCAACAAUUGAUUGAUUGACGCAUUGUUUCCAAACAUAUGGACACUGAUUGCUGUUAAGACAUAAUCAUUGCAUCACUACUUCAUUACUUACAUAAAAGUGUUAACCAAUUGUCACCCAAUUGUCACCAAAUUGUUAUUUGUUUUAUUUUUUGUUAAUUUUUCAAAACAAUUGUUAAAAUGGUUUUGGAUUUGGAUCUGUUUCGCGAAGACAAAGGCGGUGAUCCCGAGAGAGUUCGCACUAAUGUUCGCAAUCGGUUUGCAGACACCAAGAGUGUGGAUCAAGUGAUUAAUUUGGACAAUGAAUGGCGUAAAACACGCCAUAAUUUGGAUCAACUGAAUAAAGCAAAGAAUAAAAUUUCUAAAGAGUAUGGAAAUCGUAUGAAACAAAUGAAACAAUCGUCUAAAGAGUCUCCCGAAGAACCAUCUAAAACAUCUAUUACUGAUGAAGAAGACAACAAUAAAGGAGUAUUUGAUUUGAAUGAAUUGCUUACUCGAGUCAAUGAGAUUAAUGAAAUCAAUACACUUGAAGACCUCAAACGUAUGAGACAAGAGGUGGAGGAAGGGAUCAUUUCAUUGACCAAUAGAUUGACUAAUUUAGAGACCGAACGCAAUAAUAUUUUACGUGAAAUCGGAAAUCUUGUACAUCCAGACGUUCCCAUCAGUGGUGAUGAGGAUGAAAAUGCUGUCAUCAGGACUUGGGGUCAGUUUAAUAAUAAAGACCAACAACUGGAAGGAGAUCAUAAAUUGUUGUCUCACGUGGACUUAAUACAAAUGAUUGGUGGUAUGGAUGCAGAGCAUGGAUCAGAUAUAUCAGGUUCUCGUGGUUACUUCUUAACUGGUCCGGCCAUUUGGUUACAACAGGCUCUCAUUCAAUAUUCUUUACGAUAUCUCACUGAUCGUGAGUUUCAGCCAUUAUAUACACCUUUUUGGAUGAGAAAGAGUUUAAUGAGUUCUGUGGCUCAGUUGAGCCAAUUUGAUGACGAGCUCUAUAAAGUUAUUUCAAAUAAAGACAGUGAAGACGCUGAGGACAAGUAUUUGAUUGCCACCGCUGAACAACCAAUAGCGGCUUUACACCGAAAUGAAUGGUUGAAUCCAUCACUUUUGCCUCUUAAAUACGCGGGACUUUCAACUUGUUUUCGACAAGAAGUUGGAGCUCAUGGUAGAGAUACUCGAGGAAUAUUUAGAGUCCAUCAGUUCGAGAAAAUUGAACAGUUUAUAGUGUCGGCACCGACUAAGUCUUGGGAUUACUUUCAUGAAAUGAUUCAAAACGCAGAAAAGUUUUACCAAUCUUUAGGCAUUCCCUAUCAAAUUGUAAAUAUAGUUUCGGGUGCUCUUAAUAAUGCCGCUGCCAUGAAGUAUGAUCUCGAGGCGUGGUUUCCAGGCUCUCAAGCCUUUAGAGAAUUGGUUUCUGUUUCCAAUUGUACUGAUUAUCAAUCGAGAAAUCUUCAGAUAAGGUUUGGACAGACAAAAAAAAUGACCGGUCAAGUGGAGUACGUGCAUAUGCUUAAUGGCACGUUAUGUGCCGUCACACGUGCUAUUUGUGUUAUACUAGAAGUCCACCAAACGAAAGAUGGCAUUAAAAUUCCCGAACCUUUGCAAGAGUUUAUGCCACCAAAGUAUAGACAACUGAUUCCUUUCAUAAAUCAAUUGACAACUACUAAAUAAUAAUGAAUUAUUAAUUAUAACAAUUAUUUGAUAUAAAAUUGAAUUUAAAUU